AUGAAGAAACUAGGCCAAGGCCAAAAAAAGAAAUGUACUGAAGCUGCAAAUCAGGGGGAGAAGAAGUCAUCAACUGCUGAAAGGGGCAAGAAGAAGAAAGCAAGUCAAUGUCCUGAAGUUGGCGAUGAAGACAAGUUUCUUAAUAAAGCAUCCAAGAAGAAAUUCAAGUCUAUUGCUGGGAGAGGAAUUGUAGUUGAAAGUGUGAUUGAUGAGGCUGCCUUCGAGAAUUAUGGGUUGAUGGAGUUGCUCAAAGAAAGAGGUCUAAAAAAGUCAGCAACAUUUGCUGAAAGCUACAGUUUGUCUCUAGUUCAAGAGGUCUACAGCAACCUAUCAUCAUCUGACAAAGGCAUCUCUAAAGUUUUCAUGCAAGGGAAGUUGAUCCCUUUCUCUCCAAUGAGUCUAAACCGAUUUCUUGAAUUUAAAUAUGAGAUAAAAGGAAACUAUGAUGAAGGGCUUGAACUGAAUGAAGAUGUUUUGAAAGAGAUCACAGGAGGAAGAACAAAGUCAUGGGGAGUAGAAUCAAGACUUCCGGCCUCUAUACUCAUAGCUAAGUAUAAUGUGUUUUUUGGACUUGGUAUUCUUAAUUGGCUUCCUACUCCACAUAAUUCAAGCAUAGUGAAGGAGUUGACACUUUUACUAUUUGCUAUUGUGACUAGAAAGAAGUUUAAUAUGGGAAGAUUGAUCUUCCAAAAUGUUGUGAAGGAAGCUGAUUGCACAAGCUUCUCAAUAUUACUAAGUUACCCUCCUCUACUGCCGCAGUACCUGUUGCAACACUGGAUACAUCUCAUGAAGUAA